AUGCCCCUUGCCUCACAACUUUCCAAUUUCUUCUUUGCCGGCUCCUCUGCGUCAGCUGGUGGUAGCAGUAGCGACGAUCAGGUCGUCGGUUUCGCUGAGCCGCCUCGCAAUGCUGGCCUUCACACAAAGGAGCCGUCAGAUAGAAGCAGCGUCAUAGCCACUGCCAGCCGGCAUACCAUGAAAAACGAAGAUGUCGAAGCCGAGGGCCGACCGCCUUAUCUCCAUGCUAUGAUUGCUGGUGGCAUUGGAGGCUCAACCGGUGAUUUACUUAUGCAUUCGUUGGACACAGUCAAGACGCGGCAGCAAGGCGAUCCGAAUAUUCCAUCAAAAUACACAUCUCUGGGACAGUCGUACUACACAAUAUGGAGACAGGAAGGUGUUAGACGUGGUCUGUACGGAGGGUGGAUUCCUGCACUGGGCGGCUCGUUUCCCGGCACGGUCAUGUUUUUCGGCACAUAUGAAUGGAGCAAGCGAUUUUUGAUAGAUCAUGGGUUGCAGCAUCACUUGGCAUAUCUUUCGGCAGGAUUCCUUGGUGACCUCGCCGCCUCGGUCGUUUACGUUCCCUCUGAAGUCCUCAAGACCAGACUCCAGCUCCAAGGACGCUACAACAACCCGCAUUUCAGAUCUGGAUACAAUUACCGGGGAACUGUCGACGCCGCGCGCACAAUUGUCCGAACCGAAGGAGCAUCAGCCCUCUUCUACGGUUACAAAGCGACCCUCUAUCGAGAUCUACCCUUCUCAGCACUACAAUUCAUGUUCUGGGAGCAAUUCAACGCCUGGGCACGAGUAUACAAGCAGAGUCGCGACAUCGGCGUCCCGCUAGAACUUCUCACCGGCGCGGCCGCAGGUGGUCUCGCCGGAGUCAUCACCUGUCCUCUCGACGUCGUCAAGACCCGUCUCCAGACACAGGUGAACCCUCCCUCAGACCAAGUCUCGAACUUGAAAGAGGUAGCCGCGUCCCAGAAACGUCACAUCUCAACAUCAUCGCCUAGCACGCAUCGUCCGCAGCCCGGCGCAAUCGCCCUCGAGACAUCAUCUGUCAUUACCGGUCUAAAAGUCAUAUACCGCACCGAAGGGCUAGCAGGAUGGUUCCGUGGCGUUGGCCCUCGCGGUGUUUGGACAUUUAUCCAGAGCGGCUGUAUGCUCUUCUUAUACCAGCGGUUACUGCACCAGUUGGAGAAGAUUAUGCCUGUUGAGAAAUAA